UGUCAACAACAACUGCUUAUCAAUCGAUUAAAUUCAUUAAUAACUCAGUGCCAGAAUCGUUUUGUUAAUCGUUAUGAAUUAGCAACUGAAAAUGAUCAAUUAAUUUCCAAUCUUUUAAUAAUAAUUGAAGAAAUUUUUACUAAUGGUUUAUUGACAAAAAAAUCGAAUAAAAUUCUUGGACGUGGAAAUAAAUUAUUUAGCAACAUUCUUUCUAAAAAUGAUAUAAAUCCAUGUUUUUGGAAUUAUAUCAGUGCGUUUCUUACCGAACAUGAAUUGAAACGAUUUUUAUCAUUACGUUUUGUCCAUACGGAUUUAGGUCGAGGACGUUCAUGGAUUCGUAAUUGUUUAAAUGAACAUUCAUUGGAAAAAUAUUUUCUAAUGAUUGUUGAAGAUACGCAAGAACAUCGACAACAAUUUUAUGAUGAUUGGGCCUUAUUAUUGUCUCAGGAACAGAUUGAUGGAUUACCUUCAUCAUUCAAAAGUUUAAAUUCAAUUCUUUUUGCCCUUAAUAUUGAUAAUGCUGAUUUGGAUCGGCCAUCAUCAUCACAAUCAUCUUCAUCGCCGAAAAAAUUCAAUAAUGAUGAUGAUGAUGAUACGAUGAUCAAAUCUUUGGCACCGAUACGAAAAAAUGAUGAAAAUAAUCGUUUAGUGAAAUCGACAAGAAAAAAAAGUAAUUUAAUUAUCAUACAUGAUAAUGAUGAUGAUGAUGAUGUUGAUGAUGAAUAUGAUGAAGGUCAAGAAACAUCGGUUGCAUGUCUUGCACGUAGUGCACCAGUCAAUUCAUUUCUUCAAUCAUCAAGUAUGUCAACAAUUGUAACUCAAGAAUCAUUUCUUGAUGAAACCAACAAUUCAUCCGAAACUAAACGUAGUUUAUCAUCAUUAUCUAUAAAUAAUGAAUCUGAUUCAUCAAAAUUAAUUUUAUAUCCAAUUUCGGAUGAUGUUAAUAUUUUACCAUCAUCAUCAUCAUCUUCAUCAACAACAAAUAAUCCAAUUUCAAAUGAUACAAAUCAAAAUAAUGAUAAUCAAACAGAUCUGUAUGGGAAAAUUGAUGAAUUACAAAAAACACGUGAUCGUUUAACUAAAGAAAAUAAUUUACUAAAUAUUCAGAUGAAAAAAUAUAUUGCAACAAUCGAAUUACUUAAAUAUAAUAAAUGUACAAUUCAAUCACAGCCAUCAACAACAACGGUUGAAACAUAUCAACAACAAUCAUCAUCCGCUCAUCAUAAUAAUGAUCAUUCCAAUCAAACAAUCAAUGAUUAUCAGAAAAAAUUGAUUCAAAUUUCUGAAAUGCAUGGUGAAAUUAUUGAAUUUAAUGAACAUUUAUAUAAAGUCAUUCAGAUAAAAGAUGCAAUUAUUGCUAGAUUAAGAAAUGAAUUAAUUGAAUUACGUGGUCCAUUACCCGAUCAAGAUGAAGUAAUUAGCAUAUCAACUGAAUUAGAAUCAAAUACACAUUCAUUACAAUCAUUACCACAACCAUUAAUACAUGUAUGGAUACCGACAGCAUUUUUAUCCGGUGGUUUUAAAGGAAAAUCACAUCAUAUAUAUCAAAUAUAUGUACGAAUUAAAGAUGAAGAAUGGAAUGUUUAUCGUCGUUAUUCACAAUUUUAUAGUCUAUAUAGAUUAUUAAAAAAUCAAUAUCCAACAACAGCGAAAUAUGAAUUUCCACCGAAAAAAGCAAUCGGUAAUAAAGAUUCUAGAGUUGUACAAGAACGUCGUAAAAAAUUAGAAUGUUAUCUUCGUAAUGUAAUCAAUCAUAUACAAUUACAACAUAUGGAUAUUAAUAAUAAGGAAAAAUUUACAACCAUUUUGCCUUUUCUUAGUGACAAAUAUUUUCUACAAGAUCGAUCACAAUCCGAAUCAAAUCUUAAUCAACAACAACAACAUCAACAACCACAACAAUCAAAUACAAGAAAUUAUCUUGGUUUUUAGAGAUGACAUCAUCAGUACAUAUUAUUAUAUAAAAUUCUCAAUUUGUUAAAUUCAUCAAGAAAUUUUUUUUUCACAACUGCAUCAUCAAUUUGUUUUAUUUUCAUCAAUUUUUUU